GAGUUUGAACAAUUUACCUCGUGAUCUCGAAACACGUAGAAGAUCAUGAUCAAGAGAGAGAGAGAGAGAGAGAGAGAGGGAGGCAGGCAGGCAGCAGGGAGCGGGAGAGGAGCAGACGACUAAGAUGCCGCAAGAUAACACAGAAUCCAAGGGCGGCGGUGGUGAUGGCGGUGGUGACAGUGGCGGUGGUGCAGAGGACAGUGGUAAUGUAGGGGGAGAGGUGGCAGUGGUAGGGGCAGCGGCAGAGGGGCAAGUGGAGGGUCAGCAGGGUCAGCAGCAGGGGCAGGAGAGGCAACCCACAGCAGGGGAGUCGUUCCUGGCCAUCACCAAGUCCCUAGUCAUCAGAGCCAUCAUCAUCUACUUCAUCACCUCCUUCUUCAGGCGGCCCCAGCAGCCCACACCAGCCCCGGGGGACGCACCCUUGGACAUGACUGGGGGGGGACCAGCAGCUGUGAAGAUCCCGGCCACCAAUCUCUUCACAGAGGGUGCUUCGCUGGACCUCUACGUGUACAAGUCGGAGUCUGAGAUGUUUGGUGACUUCAAUGAUGACUCAGCGCUGGUGUGGAAGAAGGAGAACCUCGUCUAUGGUGACUGGACGGGUGGACCUAAUGGAGACGGUACCUUCACUCACUCCAUGACCUUCACUGCUUCUGAGAGACUCCGCAACAAUGGGUCGGUGUAUAUCCACGUUUACUUUGUGAGGAGUGGCUUCUCCCCUGACCCGGCGGCUGGCAGUGGCCACCACAGCCGCCGCCACACCCUGUACGCCUCGCAGCGCCUCAACAAGUACAAGAGGCGGCGAUUCAGGAAGACUGCAAACCUCAUCACUGGAGAGACAUCACGGUCCGCUGAGGAAAUACUGAAAGCCGAGACACUGAAGGAGGAGAUCUUGUCCCACUGGCACCCCAACAUGACCAUCAACCUGGUACACGACUUCACCCAGUGGACCAGAGGAGCCGUACCACCCCCCCUCGACGAGUUUGUGGAGUUCACCGCAUCAGGGGACAGGUACAAGCCCAUCACCUUCCUGAACACCUACUGGAACCUGGUGAAGGACUACCAACCCAUCAACUCCACCACCACCGACUUAGAGCUGUCCCUCACCUUCCAGCCACUCUCCCUCUUCAAGUGGCAACUCUAUGCAGCACAAGCCAUGAAGAGCAGGUGGCCGGGCACAGCUAUCCUGGAGGGGCUGGGAGGGGAGGAGGACGAGGAGGAGCAGGACACUAUCAAGGAGGCUUUCCUGGAGACUUCACCAUACCUCCUCGGCCUCACCAUCCUCGUCUCCCUCCUCCACUCGGUGUUUGAAUUCCUCGCCUUCAAAAAUGACAUCCAGUUUUGGAAUAACCGUGACAGUCUGGAGGGUCUGUCUGUGCGGUCUGUGUUCUUCAAUGUGUUCCAGUCGGUGAUAGUGUUGCUAUAUGUGCUGGACAAUGAGACUAACUUUGUCAUCAAGGUGUCCUGCUUUGUGGGGCUUGGCAUUGAGGUGUGGAAGAUUACAAAGGUGACGGACGUGUCUCUGGACCGAGAGCACCGCAUCUUUGGGCUCCCUCGGGUGCGGUUCACUGACAAGAGCACCUACGUCCACUCCAACACCCGGCAGUACGACCAGCUGGCCUUCCGUUACCUCUCCGUCUGCCUCUUCCCUCUGCUGGGUGGCUACUGCGUCUACUCCCUCGUCUACAAUGAGCACAAGGGAUGGUACUCCUUUGUCCUCUCCAUGCUCUACGGGUUCCUCCUUACUUUUGGCUUCAUCAUGAUGACACCGCAACUUUUCAUCAACUACAAGCUUAAGUCCGUGGCUCACCUGCCGUGGCGCAUGCUCACCUACAAGGCCCUCAACACCUUCAUUGACGACAUCUUCGCCUUUGUCAUCAAGAUGCCCACCAUGUAUCGCCUCGGCUGCCUCAGGGACGACGUCAUCUUCUUCAUCUUCCUCUACCAGCGCUACAUUUACCGAGUCGAUCCUUCAAGAGUGAAUGAGUUUGGCUUCUCACAAGACAUGGAGACGAAAGCCAAGGAGAAGAAGCUGCAGGUGGCCUCACAGGGAGCAGGGCCAGCAGCGGUAGGGAAUGGGUCAGCUGCUGCGGAGGAGGCAGAGGCCGAGAAGUCUUUAGAGGAGAAGAAGAAGGAUUAAUGAUUCUUUUAUUGGGGCAUCUAUGAGAUAUUCAAGCAGUUUUUAUUAUUAUUUUAUUGCUGUGGUUAUUAUUUAUGGUUUUUAUCAUGUUUUUAUUUUCUGAAUUUAUUUAAUUUUGUUGUUAUUGCAGUAUUGUCAUCUUAUUCAUCAUGGAUGGGGUUUGUCCGUGUGUGUGUCUGUUUGUCUGUGUGUUUGUGUGUGUGUGCGUAUGUAAUAUCACACAAACGUGUAUCUUUACUGUACCCUGAUGUGUUUGUAUGUUUGUGCGUACAUGUUCAUAUGCAUGUAUAUUGUGUGUAUGUAUACAUGUGUGUGUGUGUGAGUGUAUACUUCCUGAUGACCUCUGCUGCCCAGGUCAUCCCUUCCUCCUGACCUCAACAAAAUUUCUCAAGGCAAAUGUAAAAUGUAUCAGCAAAAUGUCUCGGUUGUCCUUGCAAUGUAUUUUUCUGUGCGGAAGUGUUGCUGUCAAAUAAACCCCAGUGCGUGGGACUCAAGGAAGGAAAGGACGUGUGUAUAGCCACAUUAACACAAAACACUAAGGAAAAAUAUACAAAAACAUCAAUA